UAAACAAUUCAUUUAAGAUAGAGCUACUAUGGUCGAGGUGUACUUUGACUCUAAGACAGGAAGUACGGAGUACAUGAGUUUCUAAUUAUGGUACUUGUGUGGCAGAUAAGAACUUCAAGAUCGCAUCUUUGGUUCUGGUUUUCUUGUUUCAACGGGUUAUCUCGAGGAAAUUAACGAAGAAUACGAAUCAACAUGAGAUCUGCGCUUGGGCCGAUGGUGGUUUGAAGAGAAAACCUGGGUGGGCAAGAUGAAGAGAAUUAAAAAAGAAAGCGCAAAAAUUGGAUUCAAAUCCUUAGAUCUAGACUCGCAGCAAUGGUGGAUGGAUGAUAACUUCAGUACUGUUUGCUCUCUCCUUUUCAUGGAUGAACGUCUCACGGAUUGGAUUUAGAUAGCAGUAAACAUCUUCUGGCCAAAGAAGAGCAAGGCUGCGAGGGUGGAUGCAGGAUUAUCUCGCUGUUUACCCCAUGCUUUCAAGGUAACCAUUUUAUGGCAACCUGGCAUUGAAAAUUUCUCCUUUUUGAACAUUUAUUCAGGGUUUUCAUAUGUUGUGAAUUCGAACAAGAUAUGCUAAACAGUAUUGUUAUCUUGGCUAUCUAUUUUCAUGCUCUUUCCAUCUUUAUCAUUGUGACAUAAAGGGAUUACAUCACAUGGAAUGCCUUCAAUCUAUCCAUUAUAAUAAUCUGAAUAUAAUCUUUUCCGGUCCAUCCAUUUACCACCCUUCACAACAAACGCAAAGACAAUCUUCACCUUUAACCAACCCUCAUCCAAUUGAGAAUGGCAAUGUUUGCAACAAAGCUGGAACACCAUAACUGUCCCGUCCCAGUACAGGCACCCUUGGGUUCGGUCCCAGUCCCAUCGUCCAAUCGGCUGGCCCAGGAACCGAAAUGGGUCUGGCCACCCCUAUUUUUGAGUAUGGAUGUCUGCAGGCUGGGAAAGCUUAAGCCACCCUCCUCAUGCUUAUCUUCGUCAAGUAUCUUCAACCUCAUCAUGCAGAUCAACUGAUAAUGGUGUAAAAGGUGGUAAUUAUAAACCCUGGGACAUGACUGUACGGCUAUUGUAGUGAAGUGUGCCAGGCUUCCAAUGUUGAGUUGAACUAUCUUCCCAUAACCUUCAUUUUUUAUGUAACCUUUUCUCUGUCUCUAAUCGGGCCAUGUCAGCAGCUUUUCUUGCAGCAAGUUCAACAGCUGACUCAUUCUCCAUACACUUUUGUUUUAAAUUGGUAUCCUGAAGACGUCCAUCUCCUAAACCACGAAUUCGCCGCAUAUGGAUUAUCAACGGGUACCUCUUCUAAGGGAGCAUCCUUAGGAAGUUGCUGCUCUCUUAUCACAUCCAAGAUAUAUUCAUCCAUCUUUUCUAGCAUUUCAUCCUACAAUCUGUAGAUAAAGUUAAUUAGUACCAACAUAAUAUAAUAAAUACCUUUCUCGCUGGUUAUUUAUAAGACAGUACAUAUACAAAUGGUAUUGUUUCAUUCAAAAAUGUAAUACACAAAUGAAGGUAUAGUAUAGGCCUCUGUAUAUAAAGCAAAGUUCAUAAUAGAUAGUUUUUGCUCAAGUAUACUUUUUGUUGGCAAAUGCCAAACUAUACUUUUAACACAAUUUUUCACAAAUAAAUGAAAUAAUUUUCAGAUUACAUACACCACCAAAUGUUUACUACAUUGUUCAAAUAACUCAAGCUAAUAAGUAUUUUGGCAUGCUCUCCAAGAUAACUUUUGCUCAAGUAUACUUUUUUUGACACAUGAGAAACUAUACUUCUAGCACAAUUUUUCACAAAUAAAUGAAAUAAUUGUCAGAUUACAUACACUACCAAAUGUUUACUGCAUUGUUCAAAUAACUCAAACAAAUAAGUAUUUUGGCAUGCUCUCCAAGUAUACAAUCAAGUUGUAUUACUUUUCAUGAAAUAAAAAUAGUUGUAACAAACAUAGUAUCAUACAUGUUGAGCCUUAGCUUCGUCACUCCUCCAAGUCUUAUCUUUUCCCGUUUAAGUAUAUUGAAAUGUGUCAACUUCAGGAAAUUUUGAACCACCCUUUGAGCAGAAAAAAAAAACUCAAUUACUAUAUAUAUGGAAAUUUCAAAAUGUUUGCAAGUGAAUAAGUAUUUAUAUAACUUAAUUACCGCUGCCAUUUCCUCUACAAUGUAUGCGAUGGGACGAGAACCUGUGCGGUGGUUGUGUUUUUUAUUAGAAGGGUUGCUUGUGUUAGCUAUGGAGGAUUUUUGUACAAGGUAGGUUUUAAUUAGAGCAUGAACAACUCAUGGAAUCACAAAUAAUGAAAAUUAAAAUAAAUAGUACACAUAUACCAUGAACUUUUCAGAAAUGAAAUGAUCACACAACUUGGUCCACUCAUCAGCAUUUCUAUCUUGCAUCCCUGCAGGGGGUGUUUCCGGUGCCUUCUCAAGUGUUUUGCAUUACUUGAAAUAUUUACUUAGCUCAGCCUUGAACUCUAUGUACCUUCCAACAUAAAGCCUGGAGAUAUAAUCUUUCAUUUCCUUGUCUUGUAGGUCCACAUCAAAGUUUGUCUAAUACAACAAGCAUAUUUAGAAUAUAUGAUGUUAAAUGGGAUAACGAGCAUAUUUAGAAUACAACAAUAACACCUGAAAUAAUAUUAUUAAUUAAAAGAUGAAGUAUAUGUCUUAAUAAAUAAUAUAGAUAUAUUAUUUUUCUUAUGAAAAGUUUAUAUGUUAAAUUUAAGACAUUCAUACUUGUAGUUAUCCCAUCUAUGAGGUCUGUCCUAGUGUUAGGAGAAAUCGUACUCCAGUACCCCGUAUCUAUUGGACAAUGUGUCCUCCCAAUAGCUCCAAUGUCAUGAACCAUUAACUAAUAUCAAUAGCUAUUUUGUAAAUUUUAUUCUCUAUAUACCUAAUCGGCUAAUCCUAUAGAAUCAGUAAUUGGAAAACUAAUGAGCUUAUAACAAUCUCUAAUAUUAGGGAAAACAACAUAAAAAAAAUCAUAGAUUAGCAUCUUCACCACUGGAAUGUGGUAAUAUGGAAAUUCAUGACAAAAGUUCUAAAGAAAAUGAAUUAUUAAUGACUAAACUUGCUCUGAACUUUACUAGAAGUAUUCUCGUCCGAUAGUCUGGGCGGCUAAAACUGAAGAAAUCAAUUUUGAUUGUUAGACGAAACACAGUAGAGCACAACUUAGAUAAUGGUUAUCUCUAACAUCUUUUUCUGUUUAAUUCAUCUAUAUAUUUUCUCUAUUUUUUUCCUUUUCUUCGUCUUGCAUCAGUAAACCACCUCUCUUUCUAAAGCUCAUAGAUUCCUGUAGAACUCAUUUUUCUCACUAGUUUUCUUUUUUUUGUCCUUUCUCUGUGCAAAACAACUCAAGUAAAAUGGGUUCCCCUCAAUUACAGAUAAGUUGAAGCAAGUAAAAGAUGCAAACUGAUUAUCUUGUUCUUUUGUUCAUACAUAGAAGCCCUCAAUUUUCAAAUUAUAACAAUGGGAAAGUGCAAUACAUCAUUCGGAAGAAAGUAGAAUCUAUCAAAUAAACAAACAAAGAGAAGAACCAAGGUGUAAUCAGACAUUAGAUACCAAGGGGAAAAGGUAACAACACAAAACACAUACAUAAAUUAACACUUUCAACAUCAAAUGGGUCGUGUAUCUAUAAAUUCAUGAAAAACUUCAAACCAGAUGAAUUAUUGAAUGGAACUAAUGUAAUUAGAAAGUGAAUUCAAGCAUACCUUAUAGAACGAGUUCUAUAAUAUGUAGUAGAUACCUUCUUACUUAGCGGGGGAGUUAGCGCAGCGAGAAACUAUGUUUCCAAAAGGCAAUAAAACUGUAUAACCUCCGGCAGCCACAAAUUGUUCUAUAUGAGCUUACCUGACAUUAAGAAGUUGUGUUAGGAGAAACAAAACAAGUUGUACAAGUAGACAUUCCUACUAUACAUCUCUAGUUCAUUUGGCGAUUGGCAAGUGCAAAAAAGAAAGAAGAAGACAAUAUGAACCAGCAGAGCAGUGGCAGGAUGUAAAGAUAUCGCGGUUUGGUUAAAAAAUUUGGCGUACAAGUAUUAGAUUUAGGUUGAAAAAUGAGUGGGAAAAUUUUAGAUUGGAGCCAAAUCGUGAUUUUCAUUACCGCCUCUUUGGUGAGAUUCCAGAUAGUGCCAAAUAAUUGAAAGACAGCGAUUGGAAAAAGGAAUAGUAGUUUUGACACACAAGAGUAACUAUUGAAAGUAAGUAGUAACCUUUUAAGCUUGUCCUUUUUCUUGCUCUCUUUGUGGCUGCUUUUUUCCUUUUCUUUGUUGGACUGAUUGUUUAUCUGGAUAUCUUCUAAACGUUCAAUCACUGUGGCCAUGGGUGGACGUUUGCUUGCCACUGAGUCAACACAUUGCAUAGCUAUAGCUGUGAUGUUUGUGGCCUCAAUCGCUGAACACCCACCCUUUUCCAUUAGCUGUUUAUGAACCACAUGUCCUCUUUGAAGUUGGAUUUUCCUUGCCUUCGUUAUUAGCUCUUGGGACUUGUCCUUUUCAUCCAUCAACUCUCCUCUCAUUAUCAGUUCAAGAACUAAUAUUCCAUAACUAAAGAUGUCUACUUUCUGAGUGAUCUUCGUCCCUGAAAAUAAAAUAAUCAUUACAGAAUUUGUUUUCAUUAUAAAGUUCAAUAACAGAGUCGGACAAGAACAACCAAGUCUCAACAUAUUAUUUAAUGGGAUAUUAAGUAUAUUUUGUAAAAUCUAAAAAAGCUUACCAAAUCUUGACAUCUCUGGGGCUGCAUAUGCAGGAGUGUAGACAUUUCCUGGAACAUUUUCCUUAGUUACUGAACCAAAAUCACAUAACUUGACUAUCAUGUCCUUGUCCACUAGUAUGUUUGAAGGCUUAAGAUCAUUAAUCAUCAUUUCUGAUUUGUGGAUGUAUUCAACAGCACAUGCUAUUUGUCUUAAAAUAGACAACAGUGUCUGCCAAUUGAAAUCUGCAUCAUUUUUAUUUUCAGUUGUUAGACUAAAAUGGGUUUUGAGUGGAGGAUGAUAGAGACAUCAACAAAGCAGCAGAAAUUUAGUAUUAUACUAUCCUCCGUUCCAUAAAAGUUGCAACAGUUUGACUUUCACGUUUGCCAAUGCUCAACUUUGACUGUAAUCUAGGAAGCACGGAAACGGCAUUCCUCUUCCAGUUUCCGUCCCGGAAACGUUUCGGAAACGGGAAACGGUAGGAAACGUGCGGAAACGGCCGGAAGCGCUGGGAAACGUUUAUGAGGUAUUGGGCUUUUGGGCCGGGUUGGGGAAACGUUUCAGAAACGUUUUUUAAUUGGACCUACCCGUUUCUUAAUUUUUUUAAAAAAUACCUUGAUCGACUUUCGCACUCCCAGUCACCGUCUCAGUAAACUUGCUGAAACAAUGCCUCUUUGCGAUUCCCCUCCAGGCAACAACGUUCGAGUGUUGAGUGUUCUACGACUUGACAGGAAGAAGAAGUCCAGAAACUCAGAAGUACGCAGAAGCUCGACGCAGAGAGUAUCGAACAUCUGCUGGUCUUCUACAGUGCUACUCAGUUGGACGGAUAGGUAUUUGGGUGAGGCGGUGAGCGCAUCUGCUACUCUGCUAAGUGCUGGACGGCUGUGAAUUUUGGGCAGCUUUGUUUUUAAUCUUUUCCCGAAGUUGAGUGCUUCCUAUAUUUAUUGUUCUAAGUAUGAAACAUAUAGGAGAGAGUGGGAAUGGGUCAGGGAGUUCAUGGUGUUAAUAAUACACCUUUGUGGAAUUAUAACAAAGACACAUGUUUGAUUUAUUUAUUUCGUAUUUAUUGGACGUAAAUGUGACCUAUAUUACUAAAAUUUAAAUUUUUACUUCGACGUUUCCUUGCCGUACCCGUAUUUUGAUAUUUUGAGAUUGGAGUUUCCCUGUCCCCGUUUCCGUCCCCGUUUCCGUUUCCGUUUCCGUCUCGGUGCUACUUAGACUGUAAUUAUAUUUCUUUACGUAUUAAUAAACAUUAAAAAAAGGUAAUAUAUUGGAAAUUUAAAUUAACACAAAUUUAUUAAUAUUUUAUACGUAGUAUUUUUAUUAUAUAUAUUAUUAGAAAAUCGUAGUCAAAGUAAGGUAUGUGAAUAGUGCAGAAAUUGCAAUGUUGCAACUUUUAUGGAACGGAGGAAGUAUUGAUGAAAAUUUCAGAAGGCAGUAACCUAUUACAAUGGUAGAAACGAGAGAUUAACGUAAUCUGAAAAUAACAAGUUUGAGAAAUUAACGUAAUCCAGUCCAAACUGAAUUCCAGCCUCCUUUCCUCCUUCCCUCCCUCCCAUUCUUAUAAUAAAACAAAAGGGCCGGUCCAAUCAAGAUUUACAUGGCCCAAAACUCUUAUUAUUUUGCAAUCACAAUUAUUUACUACUCCGUAUAAUUCUAUUGUUAUCAUUAUUAUUAUAAUAAUUUCUGCUCAUGUUCCUAUCAUACCCCCCUCCCCCUUCGACAAUCACCUUGUGCUCAACGUGGGUGAUAGGAAACAGCCCUAACCAACUAAAAUGGGUUUUGAGUGGAGGAUGAUAGAUACCUCAAUAACGUAGCAGCAAUUUAGUAUUAUAUUGAUGACAAUCUCAAAAGGCAGUAACCUAUUACAAUGGUAGAAAUGAGAGAUCAACGUAAAUUGAAAAUAACAGGUUUGAGACUCUUCGAGAGGCCUCACUCUCCCGGCCUAAUUUCCAACUGAUUUACAGCCUCCUUUCCUCCUUCCCUCCCUCCCUCCCAUUCUUAUAAUAAAACAAAAGGGCUGGCCCAACUCAAAACUUGCAUGGCCCAGAACACUUAUUAUUACACAAUCACAAUUUUUACUAUAAUUCUACUAUUAUUAUUAUCAUUAUUAUUAUAGUAAUUUCUGUUUUUCCAUCAUUUGCAAUGGAGCCAAAGAUUCAUUAUUUUUUGGUUUGAGAUUAUGAUGGAAUAAAGCAAAAUAGCUCACUAAACUAUCUGCGCUUCUUUGUUAUGGAGCAGCAGUCAGUCCAUGCAAUCUUGGACGCGAUUUUCACUAUGGGUCAUCCGGAAACAGUCUCUCUGUGCUUUAGUAGAGGGGUGAGACUGCGUACAUCCGACCCCCCCUUACCCCACCGUAGGUGGGAGUCUUAGUGGCACUGGGGUAAAUGAAAAUGAAAAUGAAAAUGAUUAUUAUAGUAAUUUCUGCCCAUGUUCCUAUCAGAGGAUGACUACCUGGAGAAAGAAUGCAAGUUUUCUAUUUCUGAAUUUACGACUAAGAAAUACUAAAACAAUACAGCAAUGGUACAAUAAUAGUCAUCAAACUUCAACCAAGCCCCCCAUUGUCAUGGCAAUGUUGGUUACGCCUUAGUAGGAUGUUGCUCAAGCGCAAACAUUGCUCUACAUUCUGAACAUAACAUGAUAGUUAUUCUGCACUAGGGUAGAGUAAACAAAAGAUGAGAUAUGAAUACCUGAUUGAAUUUCGUUUAGAUGUAGCGGGACAUACUCCAGAACUAAACAUGGAUGAGUACCGUCUGAAAAACCAAUCAAUGUCACUAUGUUUUCAUGGCGGCAUCGGGUGAGAAACGUUCUUUCAACCUUCAAAAUUGGGAAAAAGUGAGAUAUAACGAAUAAGAAGACACUUAUUGUGAUAUAUUUGUUAGUUUUCAGAUCAUUACCUCAUAUUGGCCUAAAUCACUGUCUGACUUAUAACGUUUAAUUGCUACUGAUUGACCAUCAAGCUGAUAUGGAAUUCGGUGAGUCUUGUCUGCAUCAUCUGUGUCUAACUCGACUGUUAUUUCCCCCUUGUAUACUUUUGCGAAAGAUCCCUCACCUAUAUCUUUGGUUUCUUCAAAAUUAUUUGUAAAUCUUUUAAUUUCGUUUUCUGUAAAGGAAAUUGGCUCCAAAGUGUGGCUAGAGCAGAAGCUUUGCUGCACGGUUUAUGAACACAUUAUUUUAGCUUAUUGUUGGCAGUGUUAAUGCAAAGAGAAAAGGCAUCAACAACAAUAGUCCUCUGGUAAUUGUUGGGUUGGGAGGUCAUCUCUUGUCAUAAACAUAUUCAAAUAUUUUGUUUGGACGUACAUAAACUAAUACAUCCGACCCCCCCCCCCCCCCCCCACCGUCGGUGGGAGCAGUUGCGGCAGUGGGGUAAUGUUGUGUAUGUGUACAUAAGCUAAUAGGUCACAUUUGUAUCAGGAUUUUGCUUCUGAAAAUGGAAUCUGGGCGACAGCAGCUAUUUAGUAUGGGUAGCACCGGGUUCCAUCAUUGAAGUGUUUUGUUACUCGCCCAUGUUAUUACUGUAGUAAUAAUAUAGUAUAGUAAUAUAACAAAUUAACAAUAGUAUACUAUAGUAAUAAAAAAACAGUAACAUAUACGUAAGAGUACAGAUCUGGUGCGGACCGCCUGAGCGCGGUUCCCGUGCAGAUCGUCCGAGUAGAUCAUUCCUUUAUAAACUAAUAUAGCUAAAUACUUAGGUAGCAAUAUAACCAUUUCAUACAAACAGUAAUAUUGAUAACUUAUGUAUAACUAUUACUAUUGUAACUAAUAAUAAUACUUAUAACUAGAUAUAUCUAAGUAAAACUAAUAUUAAUGUGAUCAUAUUAAGUUUAAAAAAUCAAGAACCGGAGCUGUCCCAGUAGAGGCACCCUUUGUGUCGGUCUGGUCCCACCGUCAACUACCAUUAACCGGCCACUCCGGGAUCCAGAAUGGGUCUGCCCCACCCCUAUCUUUGAGUAUGGCAGUCUGCAGGCUGGGAAAGCUUAAGCCACCCUCCUCAUGCUUAUGUUUGUCAGGUAGAUCCAUGGUGUAAACUGGAUUUCCACCUCUAUCAAGUUUAAACAAUCUAUGUGGAACGUUUCUUUCAAUCUAGAUCAAGGAAACUUGGGUUGGGGCGAAAUUAUAAGUCUGAUGCCCAAAAAACAUCAACAGUGUGGGCCCCACAGCUUCUGAUAGCCAUCCCUCUAAAAUCUGCAGGGUUUACACUCCCUCCUUAAAGAAAAAAAUGUUCCCAUUUUAGUAAGAAUCUUAACAAAACCUUCGGAGAUCAGAUCAAUGCUCUGUCCAUACCCUUGAAAAUAGUUUGUAUUAUUAAACAGAUAAAUAAACUCAAGUUUUGUGCAAUACCAUUGAAAUUAUCAUCGGAAAAUAAAUCAAAACUCAACGUGGCAACACACAAAUAAAUCCGACUUAUAUUUCAGUAGAGUUUUUCUCUUGAAAAUAGGAAAACCAUAUACUUACUUUGUAGUAGCUUUUCCUUGAUUCUUCCCCUGCUUUCUUCCUCCCAAUUUCUUCUUGCACCAUUUUCUCUUUUCCCUUCCCCUUUGCCUUCAUCUUUAGUGAAACCUACUCUCUUCUUUCUUCUGAUUUUGAUUAGUUCUCUUGAACUAACGGCGAGACAGAAAUUCUGAUUUGGGCGGCUGAAGCAUAAUAAGUGACGAUGUGUAGUCGAUAGAAAUAAAGCUAGUAUGACCAUAGUUUUGUGAACGUUAAGAUAUAAAAUUUGCCAGUAAGGGAUUUAUGAAGCUUCGCAUGUGUUUCAGUAAAUAGUUAAAUUGUUUUCCAUAAAAAUUGAAAAUGUUGCACUAUCAGUGUCUAUUUAAUUAACACCAUUUAUAAGGAAAUGUAUAGAACAAAUUCGGAAUGCACUUAACAAGCCAAGCCAGCAUUUUGUUUAUGCUUGCUGCUUUUGUAAUGUGUUCCUUGUAAACAUUAAAAUUAAAAAAUUUGCCUAAACUAAAUUGAUGCACAUAUUAAUACCUAGGCUAUAAGGUCCGUCUCUGCCAUUAUAUACUUUCAGCACUUAAAAACUCUUUUAUUUUAUUUCAAGUAUACAUACUUUCGGUUCGUCUCUAAUUCCAAUGGACAAAAUAUUCAUUUGAUUCAAACUAUGUGAGCAUGAAUUAAAAGAUAGCUGCUGUUUUUUAAUAAUUUUAACUGAAAACAAUAUCUAUUUGCUUGAAUGAAGGAUUUCGAGUGUAUGUUAUAUGUCCUUGAGACAGCAGCUGAACUAUUUCAAAUAGGGAAUAAAGAGUGCAAUGUGUAGCGUACUUGAACCGUUCACACAUUUGUUAUCAAGAAAUACGUGUAUAUAAAACUAUUUUCUAUAGGUUGUUUAUUAAUUGUUUUUUGGAUUUUGGUGUCACUUUAAGUUCAUAACAAUAUACUGUAUAUAAAUAGCUAUAGAAAAUACUAGUUACAGGUUUUGCUUAAAUAUAUAUUGGACCUUGGUGUGAGAUCAUGUAGAAUAUAUUACCGACUAAGGUAUUGGUCUGGAACCUAAAGUUAGGAGGUGAAGCUUUGAUUCAUAUCAGAGUACAAGUAUACAAGCAUCUGCAAUGUGUUUAGUUUUUGUUUUUAUUAGUUACGAGAAAGCUUCUAUUAUUUUGUAGUUCUAUUAUAAAUUGUGCUUUCAUUAUCAUUAUCAUUAUCAUCAUUCAAUAAAUUAUGCUUCGUAUUAGAUUGGGUAGAUAUUUCAAACAAAUGGCUAAUAUAGUGUUUAGUUUUAGCGGUGUCAUUGUAAAAAAACAGUUCAUAUUGGAAAUAAACAUGCCUUUUCUUCUAAAGUGUAAGAGCUUUUUUUCAAGCGCAGGACCUUAAGUAAAUGUUCACUAUUUUCACAAGCUUGGAAUACAAUUGCACGCUUCUUCCUUUUGUGCUCUUUUUGUUUACCUUGUAAAGCUUUCAGUUAUUUCUCUAUUGGCAGUUAUACAAGCGCAGUGGAUCUUUUCCUCUGUUAUACAUAAAUCUUAGCAAUUUGUUUCAUAUAGUUUAAAGUAUUCUACACUAUUAUUUUUAGUGUAAAUAAUUUGCAUUUAGCGAUUCUAUAUUAUUAAAAUCUGUUUGCAAACAAUGUAAGAGACUGUGGUAGUGUUACUUUUAGCUAUAAACAAUCUGCAAAACUUCCAAACUUUUCUACCUUUUUAUCCGGGUAUUGAGCCAGGCGUUUUUUCGAACACUUAGUGUGCAUAAAUAAAACCCACUUAAGAUUAAUGUAUGUUACGCAAAACCAGCCAAGUGUGCUGCCUCUACACACCGAUCACUCACAAUUAUAUUGUGACCUUUGUAUAUAUGUAGCAGUGCACUAGAAAAAAUAGAAGAAGAAAUAGAAAUUAGAAUACACAGGGCCCAGACUAAAAGAAAGUACCUUGUAUGUGUGUGUUAAUGAAAGAAGCACCCACAAGAACGGGAAGACCUUUACUUCACUCUGAAGAUUAACACUCUGUUGGAGGUAAAUCGGAGGUUGCCUAACUGCUUUGCCAAUAUAAAUGUCCUGUCAGUGGGGAUUAGUAGGUUGGACGGAAAUAGAACUAGAGUAACCCUCAAUGUCCCUUGUAAAAUGAGGAAAGAUUGUAGAUGUACUGAAUGUGCUCUGCAAACAAGUAGAACUGGACUUCCAAGAAUCGACCCAGAAACCCCUCAGAUCUUGGAUAUGAGAACUAGCAUUCUAAUUUGAAUUUUUAACCCUUCACAUUUCUGAAUGAUUUACAAUUAGAACAAUUUUUUCAAGGGCUUACCUUUAAAUUUUUGUUCAGGUGUGGCUCAGUGUGACUUGAAAGCUAAAAGCAUGCUUGAAAUGAUAGUUUUAUUGUGUAAAUAUCUAAAGCUUCUUCCGUUCUUUUCAUGGUUGUGCUAUGUUUUCUCACAUGCUACUUGUUUUCCCAGUUUGGGAUAAUUUAUUUUUAAGAGAAUGCCUUAAGUAGGGGUAAAAAUGUUUUGGAAUUACAAAAUAGGAGUACAACAUUUUAAAGAUGUUUUUAAUUGGACUUGUUUCUAUCUCAGAUUAGACCAAAUCAGAUCAGACCAUACUUUAAUGGAUCAAAUCAGACUUUUGCGAUUGUAAAAUAAGCAGAGACCAAACAUUAACCUAACCAAUUCAGACCAGGCUCGACUUUUUUUUGUCAAUUUAGUAUCUGUUUUGUUAGGGGAAAAUAAUUAAAAUACCCCAAACUUUGAAGAGGUGUGAGGUAGACACUCUAAACUUUCAUAUGUAAUUUAAAUACCCCAAACUUUAUAUAAAAAGUUAUUUAGGCACCAUAGUCAUGCAUUAUUUCUUUCAAAAAUGUAAAUUUAUGAUGUUAAUUGCAUAAUUUAAAAUAACAAACUAAAAAUGUUGUAGUUAUAUAGAUUGGGAUAAAUUUUUACAAUGGAAGUUAAGAAUGUUAAUUGUGUCUUCAUGAAUGCUAAAAUAUUUAAAAUUAUGCAAAUAACACCAUAAAUUUACAUUUUUGAAAGAAAUAAUACUUGACUAUGGUGUUAAAAUAACUUUUUAUAUAAAGUUUGGGGUAUUUAAGUUACAUAUACAAGUUUGGGGUGUUUAUCUCAAACCCCUUCAAAGUUUGGAGUAUUUUAAUUAUUUUUCCUGUUUUGUUAAGGCCAACAUCCUUGAACUGGGAUGAGAUUCGAACCUUUGACCUCCUGUUUGGAAGAGACUGUGUUGUCAUCAGACCACAAGGUACUUGGCCAUUUAAAAACAUUCUUAUUCCCUAAAUAGUAGUAUUUCUUUCCAUGCUUGGACAAUACUCUCAAUUGGGCCACUAUACUGCUAUAUUUAAAUCCUGGUAUUGCCAAAUUAUGGCAUUAAAUUUUUCGGAUGAUGGUGACACACUCAUAUUUUGGAAUUUUACAUUGUUUUUAUGGUGUGUUGGGAUCACAUGAGGAUGCUAGGGGAAGGGGUGAGAAGUAGCAAAAUUACGUUUACUUUUUGGUGCUUGGGGAUUCCCUUCGUCAAAUGCAUUAGUUUGGAAAAUAUGUGAAAAAUAGAUUUAUUAGUUUAAACCACUGCACAUCUUCUUUCCUAUCAUAUUUCUCCUAAUAUUUUCUUCCCCCAUCAUUUCUACCCUUUGAAAGUUAUAUGGCUUCAUUAUUAUCUUUUUGAAAGAAAGCUGGGGAAAUAAACCUCUAGAUUGCGUCAGUUAACUGCGAAAAUGAACUAAACAUGAAUGAGAAAUUUGAGGGUGUCUACCACAGCAUCCAUAUAGAAAGACAUCAAUAUAUGGACCAAAUUAAUCUUAGUAAAUGAGUAGUGGUAGAGAGGUCUAAGUUAGAACUUAGAACUUCACCAUAUUGUCCCAGUUGGCACGGUUCUUGCCCGCUUUCGCUUCCGGAUGAAUUGGAAUCUUAGAGGGUUUCAAUUAAAGCAUAAACACUAUAUCUUUCAAAGGAAAUCCUGGUAUCGGUCUCUUGAGUGCCAUUUGGUAUAACUGGAACAGGUCCCUUAACCUUACAUAUCUGUUUUGGUCCCUGGUCAGGACCGGAACAGGGUUGCCCUGGAUGAAGGACUUUCCAAGUCUUGAGCAAUCUAAGAGUAAACAAUAUUAAUCAGUUAAGAGGCUAAGCCCCCCCCCCCCCCCCCCCCCCCCCCCAGUACUGUCAGGUGUGUAUGGAUGUGUAUGCUUAUGGUUAUAUCCAAGAGACUCACUACAAUAGAGGGCCUUACGAAUGAGGAGAGCCCCUUGGGUCUGAAUGGGCACUCAUUAUCAGGAACUGGGAAUCAAGCCGAAGCAGCAUAAGAAGCAUCACUCAUCAGUGUGAUUUUAGGUGACAUCUUAAGUGUCUCGAGUAGUGAGGCUUUAGUUUCAGACUUUUUUAUUACUUAGUUUUAAACUAAAUACUCUUCCAAGCCAUACAAAUUGCAGAUAGGUUAUUAAUCUGUCUUGCUCAUUAUGGUGUCUUAUUCUUUGCCUGUUUGCUUUAUUGUAUAUUCAAGAUGAGUUUUAGUUUCACAAAUGAUCUCCUAGUGCUUUUCUAGUGCUCUCCUAAAUAGCAUGAAUUGAUUGCUCUCCUAGUGCUUUUCUUUCCUUGAAGACGAGUUUUAGUUUCAUAAAUGAUCUGAUCUAAUUUUCUUAUAUUUCAAAGAUGAGUGUUACACAAGAAAAUAUGAUAUGGAACAAUUUCAAUACCUUCGUGACAAGCUAGGUGUUCAGGAUCUUCCCACUCUAGCUUGAAGUAGAGAUGGACUCGGGCCGGGUGGCCCGACCCGGAACUGACCCGGAACUGGUACUGUUCCGACCCGACCCGGUGGCCCGGUCAGUGACCGGUCCGGGUAGGCCUGGCCCGUGGUUUUUCCGGUCCGGGCUCGGGUCAGCCAAAACAAGGCCCGACCCGAUCGGGCCUGGGUCCGGUUCGGUCCAAAAACUAUUUUUUUUUCAAUUUUUUUAAAUUUUCGGGUUGGGCUGGGUAUUUUGGGCCAUUUGGGGUGGUUUUGGGGGUUGGGGGUGGGAGGGGGGUUAAUUAGGAAGAGGAAAACAAAAAAAAAUGAUAAUGGGCCCGGCCCGGCCUGGCCCGGACCCGGACCAGACCCGAUGGUUACCUAGGCCGGUCCUGGGUCCACCAUUUCUGAACCGCUGGCGCGGACCCGAAUCCAUCCCUAGCUUGAAGGGGAGUGGAUACAUGAUAUAUUCAAAAUAGAUAUUCGAAUAUCUUUCCUUCUUUUAUUUCACGAUAGUGCAUAUGAUAUGCAAUCUCACUGAUUUAGCUAACCAUAAUUAUUCUCUUUCCUUUGUCUAUGUUUUGCCUAUGUAUAAAUUGAGCGGAUCGGCCAUACACUGAUACACAUAAUAUAACAUAUAUAUUCCCUUCUCUCGUCUUAUUGUUUAGUAUUAUUUUACUUUUAGCAUCUUUAUUUUAACAUUGUGUGCAUGAUACAGUAUGAUACAUUUUACGAAAAAAUAGAGAUAAAGAGGAGACAUGGAUGUGACUUUAUCUUCAUCUUAUUUUGGUUUGGUAAGAUUUAUCCAUGAGGUCGGUGAAUACAUCUCAGCCACAACUUUAAUAUAGGUAGUAGUUACGUUCUAUAGGUGCUAAAUCAAAAUGAAAGUUUUCAAAUUGGGCAUUGUGCUUUUUUCUUAACUAAAGAAUUGUUUCCAUAGAAACAAUUCAUUUUUUAAGGUGAAUGCCACAUACGGCCAUGGACAAAUCAAUCUCAUAAUCCAUCCCAGUUCUCAAUGGAACACACUAGUUACACACACUAGAAUAUGAACGAGCCAUUAGCAAUGUCAACGAGGAUGCGACUCACUACUACCGCUGUGUGGAUUCGAGCUCAAAAGCUCGAUGGUAGUCAUGGACUCGGGCCGGGUCGGGCCCGGGCCAGGCCUAGGCUGGGUCGGGCCGCCGGUUCGUAUCAUAUGGGCCCGGGACCGGCCCGAGGGUUGGAUGGGUCCGGUUCGGGCCGGGCCACCCGCCCGGGUCACGGGUCGGGCCACCCGCCGGGCCGGGCUGGGUCGCUUAAAGAUUUUUUUUGUUUUUAUAAUUUAUAUUUUAUACUUUAUAGUUUUAUGCAAGUAUUAAAAAACAAACUUCAAGUGCAUUUAUUUGAAAUGAAAUGGGAACUACAUUUGUAAAUUAAAUAGGAACUACAAUUGUUUUUAAAACAUGAAAUACUAAUCAAUCAUUCAAUCAGAAUCUCCGGCAUAGGUAGAGUCACCCUCGGUUGUAGAUUCAUUCAUAAAGUGUUGAGAUGGGGUGAUGUCAAUUUCUGGUGGAUACGGGAGUCUCAAAAGACAUCUUAAGUCCGUCCACUUUGUGGAGUAUGCGAAAAUAGACAAAGGAAAGGGGAAGCAAACACAAAUAUCAAGGUUUGCAAAUUCUCAACCCUUUGGUAAUUUUUCCUAUGAUGAUAAUAAACAUUUGACUGGUAUGUCUCAUUUAAUUGUUGAAGAAAAUUUACCCUUUAUUUUUUCCGAAAGUCUUGCUUUAAGAGAUUAUGCUCAAGGUACUUUAAAUCCUCAAUUUAAAAAUUAUAGUCGCAAAACGAUUAAAAAAGAAGUUAUAAGGCAAUAUAACUUGGAAAAAGAAAAAUUACAAAUAUUUUUCGCAAACUUUGAUGGACGUGUUAGUAUUUGUAGCGAUAUAUGGGAGGAUACUUAUCAUCAUUUAUAUUAUUUGGGUCUAACUGCACAUUAUAUUGAUGAUGAUUGGAAUAUGCAUAAACGUGUUCUUGCUUUUCGUGAAUUCAAUUAUCGUCACACUGCUGAUAAUAUUUAUAUUCUCAUUGAACGUAUUUUAAUUGAGUAUAAUUUGAUUGAUAAGGUGUUUGCUGUAGGUUUUGAUAAUGCUAGUAAUAAUACUGCUGCUAUACCUAGAUUACGUGAAUUGUGUGGUGCUUCUACAUUGAUGGGUAGAUUUUUUCAUCAACGUUGUGCAUGUCAUAUUCUAAAUUUGUGUGUACAAGAUGGCUUAGCGGCAUUAGGAAAUGCUUUGGAGGUAGUCAAGGGGGGAAUUAAAUUGAUUUGGGCUAGCACUCCACUAAAAAUGCAAUGGCGGCAAUAUUUGAAGGAUAGACGUGUGAAUUAUUGUGCUUUUCCUAAAGAUUUGUCUAUUCGUUGGAAUAGUACUUAUAAUUUAAUUCAAGUACUUGUUAGAUAUAAAGAUCAUUUUCCAGCUUUUUUAAGACAAACUUGUAACUAUAUUAUAAACCCGGCUGACAUCGACACUUGUGAAAAAAUUGUUAAUGUUUUGGCAUAUUUUAAUAACGCAACUCUAACUUUUAGUCAUGUUUAUAAACCUACCGCAAACGAAUUUUUUGUUGAAGCUGUUAAUCUCGCCGGCGCUUUUUGUGAAUUUUCCGACGCCACUUACGUUAGUUAUUUUUGUGAUUUCAUGAAACAAAAGUUUUUAAAAUAUUAUUCACAUAUUCCGCAUAUAUAUGGUAUUGCAUUUGUUCUUGAUCCUCGUUAUAAACUUCCUUACUUGGCAAAUUGUAUAGAUUACUAUUAUGCUUCUUUUUUUCCAACUCAAGAGUUCGAUGAUAAUCCCAUCGACCCUAAACAAGAAUUCAACGAGGUUAGUAAUUUAUUUCAUCAAUUGUAUAAUGAAUUUCAUGCACAAUAUGGUAAUGCACCCCCUCCCAUGCAACGAACAUCUUCUUCAUCUAAAGGAAAAUCACUUUUAAAAUCCGCUUUUGGUUCUCUUUUGAAAAAAAGUAGAGCAACUCCCGCUACUGAACAAAGCUCAGGUAACGAGCUUUCUUUGUAUCUAACAUUGAAUGUUGAUUAUGAAGUUGGUGAUGACUUUGACGUUCUUAAGUGGUGGAAGGAAAAUGAAAGAACAUUCCCGAUUUUAUCAAAGAUGGCUAAGCAAGUACUAGCAAUGCCGAUAUCAACCGUUGUCGUGGAACAAGAAUUCAGUGCGGCCGGCAACGUCCUAACCGAUUAUAGAACGAGGUUGAGCCCGAGCUCUCUUGAGACACUAGUUUGCUUUCACGAUUGGUUGAAGGCCCAACGAAGAACUCAAGAAAUUACCACCACUCCCUCCCGCCACUUUAUGGAGGAAACAACCGAAUGCGGAGAGUCCGAUUGAUUUUUUAUUACAAAAUGUAUUACAUUUUUUAAAUUCAUCCUAAUUCUCAAUUGUACUUCUUAUUUGAAAUAAAUAUACUUCAAUUCGAAUAUAAUAUAUUGUAAUUGUAAUAAGAAUUAUUCUAAUUAUAUAAUAUUUAAUAAAAAAAAUUAAAUAGGCCCGGC